AUGACUAUUGCUGGAAAUGCGGAUGACAGCCUCAAAGAGAUGUUCUCUGACUUGAAGAAACUCCUUGGCACCUCGUCGGACACCCCCGCUUUUGGCGACGAGAUUGUCUCUCGAAUGAAGGUCACACAUGCCUCAAUCGACCAAAAAUUGGAGGAACCUAACAAGACCGAAGGCAAGAUCGUAGUGGAGCUCGAAGUAGCUGAGGACAUGCUAAACGGUUGGCGAAGUUCAUGGCAUUUGCUUUAUCAUGCUGAAUUGCUUAACGGUGCUGGCUCUGUGCAUGGCGGCUGCUCCGCUUUCCUAAUUGACCUCUGCUCGAGUCUGAGCCUGAUGCUUAUUGACCCCGGCCUCACGGUCUCGCAGUCGCUGAAUAUCGUUUACCACUCCCCCGCGAAUCUUGGGGAAAAGCUUCGGAUAGUGAACACGACGAUCACUGUGGGCAGUCGCAUCAUGUCUGCAAGGGUGGAGAUCUGGAACGCCACCAAACAUAGACUAGUCGCCUCGGGCGUGCACAUUAAGAUGCAGCCAUCUCCCUCGUCAAAACUCUGA